UAUGAUCUGCAAGUGUGUGGUUGUGUAAUUUAGUGUCCUUGUCUGCUUUUUGGUGUCCUUAAACGUAAAAUUUGCAUCGCAUAUUCGUUCAAUUGAAGUGCAGGAACUCCUUUGGUCCUCUUGAGGGAUUCUGCUUCCUGUUUUAGCAUGCAACACGACGAAGUAAGUUUGAUUCAAACAACACGUGCUAGUUGCCAGCUGGUGUGUCUGUCUGUGCGUGGUUAAGCUUGAUUAAUCUAAAAAAAAGUUUUCCAGUGCAACUAACACCAUCUUUAUGACCCCAGGUAAUAUGGCAAGUAAUAAAUCAAGGUUUCUGUUCAUUCAAAGUAAAGUAAGUAACAUCACAUCCUACUUUUUUUCUAGUUAUCCAAGUUUAGACAACAACAGGCUGUGCACUGCAGAGAAAAAAAGAGCAACUUCUAUUUACUCAUCCCUGGCUAAGCUAAGCAUUGACUAUUUUCCAAUUCCCCAUAAUACACUCUGUCUGCCCCCCAAAUUUUGCAUAACCUAUUGUCUUAAAAUGCUCUUGGGAAAAUGCAAUACUCCCAGGAGCAUUUAAAAACAAUGGUUUACGCAAAAUUUGUGGGGCAAACAGAGUGUAUUAUGGGGAAUUGGAAAAUAGAGAAUACAAGAGUUUUAGCAACUUUUGAAGUAAAUUAACCAUUUUACAGUUGUGAGCUUAGUAUCCGAGGUUGACUUUGUUUUGAUACAAACCUUUAUCCUUUUCUUAUGGAAAUUAUGCUUUAAAAUUACCAGGUAGCAUAUAAAAGAUACGUGAUUUGUAUAUUUGAAUGAAUUCAUGGUUUUUUUUCAGAACAGCCACUCAGACGUUUUGUCGUAAUGAAUACAAUGUAACUGGUCUGUGCAGCAGACAGUCUUGUCCUCUUGCAAACAGCAGAUAUGCUACAGUCAGAGAAAAGGAUGGUAAGACUUUUGAACUUCCUUCCCUCCUGUUACAGUAGAACCUGAUUAAUAUGGACAGCAAGAGGACAUGUCUGUAUUAAGCAGGCUCUCAAAAAAAUGUCUUGGACACUUUUUUUAUACAUAUAAAGACAAAAGCAGACAUUUUAACGAGCAAAAUUUGUUUAAUUUCUUAACUGUUUCUGUAACAAGUGCAUCAUUAAGAAACCCAACAAUCUUUUAUCAUAGUAUCCGACUAAAAUAUUUAUUACCAUUUAACCCUUUAAGCCCCAAUAUCCACAUACAAAUUCUCCAAACUGGUCUCUGUACAUUUCCUUUAAGAGUUAGUUAAGGGAAUUUGAUAAAAGAUCAAAGUAUUUUCUCGUAGGUGAGCAUUUUAUUCAUUCACAUAACCUCAUCUCAUGACAAUGUAUGGAUAUCAUUAGGAGAAAAUUGCUGUUGGUCACUAUUGGGACAUAAAGGGUUAAGUCAAGUCAGUGUUCUAAAAGCAAGACAAUGUAAUGGUAAUCAGUUUCCUUACUCUUACUUUGUACUGAUGGUUUAGUUGGCAACUUAGCCAGGUAGACUUAAUACUGGACAGAACCUGUCAAAGGUUGUUUGCCGUUUCUGGUAGGUUUUUACUUGUAAGAUAUUUAGUCCAGACAAAUUGAAACUGUCCAUUUUAUGCAGGUUUCCAUUUAAGUCGGUGUCUAUAGAGCGGGUCCUACUCUAUUAUUACAUGUACCUCAGGCUACCUCUGAUUGGAAAAUCCGUAUUAAUAAAUACCCUCCUCCCCUUGGCCUAUUGAAGGAAACUUCAUUUUCAUUAAUUAAUGAAGACCAUCUUUUCAGAGAAUUUCAAGAUGACAUUUGGUAACUUUUAAAAACCUUUCUCACAGUCAAGUGAGCAUUCCAUAAAAAAAAUGGUUAUUAAGAAAAGUAUGAGUCACAGUGACUUUCCAAAGUGUUCCUUGCUGCAGGGUGAUCAAGAAAUAUCUUGAAUUCAUAAUUCUAAAGAUAAAAAGAUGAAAAGAAAACUUGCCUUGUUUUAUUUCUGUUUUAGGUGUAUGUUACCUGUACAUGAAGACUAUAGAAAGAGCACACUCACCAGCCAAGAUGUGGGAAAAAAUAAAACUCUCAAAAAACUAUGAGAAAGCCCUAGAACAAAUUGACAAGAACCUUAUAUACUGGCCAAACUUUAUUAUACACAAAUGUAAACAGAGAUAUACAAAGAUUGUUCAGGUGAGAAAGAUAGUUUUUUUCUCUCUGUUGGAUAAAUGAUAAUACCCAUCCAUCAAUAUACAAGCAGUGACAGUACCUACACUGUAAUAAGACUGCUAGCUAUACUUAGUCUGGUAAUCACGCGGUCAAUGUAUGCUAUUCAGAAGCUUCAAAAGACUGGAGGGUGCAAACAAUCUACAAGAGAUGACAAGGGUGUGGUAGGAGGGACUUCAUUGGAAUUUUGUGGUUCAAGUUACAUAAUUGUUUUGCAUUUUUCUCUGGUCUGCUUGAUGGAAUUGCACAUUUUUGGGUAUGGUGUGAUCUCUCCCACCUGCACAAGGUAGCCUUCCAAAAUGUUUGUAUGCAGGGCACAAAAUAUGAUUGCAAUUCUUGGUUUGCAACCAUGGGACAAGACGGCCAUGUUGGGGGUCACUGGGUGAGAAAACAAUAGAAUUUUUCCUCAAAGAAUUACAUGAUUCAAAUAGAGUUUAUUUCCCAAAGGAUUGAAAUGCUUUUGUUCUUGACCACGGACAUGGCUGCCGUGACGUCACAUGCAAACCAGCAAUUCUUACAUUCAAAAUUGGCUAUGACCGUCAGAAUUGAUCAUAUCACAAGUGAUACAAGGUGCUGGUUGGUUCAGUUUGGGUGGUUGAGGUGUGAAUUAUCAUGUUUGUAAGUAAAGAUGACAAAACGUGUAUGGGCAGAAGGUGAAAGUUAAAGGCGUCCCUCAGCAUUGUGUUGCUGGUAUCCAUACAUCUGGCCCCAGUUGUUCAAAAUGGUAAAUAGUGCUAUCCACUGGGCAAAUCUCUCUUGGUAGGCAUAAAUGGUGGUUUGACUCUGCUCAACAGUUACACUUUUUGUUAUUCUCAUCUUUUUGCAGUACUUAAUAAGGAUGCGGAAACUUAGACUCAAAACAAGGUAGGCAAAAGAGGAAGUUUGUUCAGAAUGUUAAGUUUGAGAUUUGAACCUAUGCUUAAGUUGGUAACCCAACUGCCAUCCAACUGGAAAUACAGUGUAUGGCGUUGCAAAUGAUAGGAAUUUUAUUUUAAACCACAGUAGAAGAUGGCAUGCAUAUUUUAUUGACAUUAGUAACCAUUUUAGUUGAACAAACCAGACGCAUUGUCACAGAUACAUCGUAUAUGUAUUUUUUUAGGCAUGCAAAUCUUUAGCUACAAAAGGAUAAUCUUUGGAAUUUUUGCUCUUUGUGGUCACUGUGUCCAACUCUAGGUCGAACUUCCGCGGAGAUAAGCAAAAUAAUUUUAGUGCUACAUUGUCAGAUGACUCACUGUAAUUUUCAGCUCUGAAACAGGUUACCCGAAAGUGUACUCCCAAAGUAGUAGAGGACUAAUAGCUUUGGUUCCUGCUUUGUUUCUGUAGUAAAAAACUUGUCACCAUAAACAAGAAAGUGGAAAGAAGAGAAAAAACAAGAGAGGUAAUCAACAUAAAAAUAUUGUACUUAGCAGUAGUAAUAAGAGGUAGAGGAAAGAUUGCCUGAUUUAUGAACACAACUUGCUUAAUGGACUAAAAUGCAUGCAUGUGGCAAGGACGUCAUUCACCCCUGGAAAUCUUUGAAAGAGUGGGCAUAAUAAAUAAUUAUUGGAGUUCACAUGCUUACCUACUGAAUAAAUAAAUUCACAGCAAAACUUCUCGAUUCUUGGUGCAUAAUUGUUACCUCACAACCAGUCAUGCUGAAUUAGGUGACACUUCCUGUGUAAGUAUUUGCUUCAUCAAAAAUUUAUAAAUCCAAGUAAUCCAUGCUUUUUUUGUUUUAUUUCUCUUAACAGAAAAAGGCUUUGGUAGCUGCACAGCUUGAAAAUGCCAUUGAAAAAGAGUUACUUGAAAGACUCCAGAAAGGAACUGUAAGAAUACCAUGUUUUAUUUAUACUAAACUAGGCCAAGUUGUUUGAAGCCUGGUUAUCAGUAAUAGAGUAAUAUUUUAUUGAGCUGUCAACUUGGCCAUUGUCCUUCGAAAGCUUCCCUGGAAUACCUGUACAUCGCUUUCACAUGACGUCACGACAGCCAUUUUGGUGAACAAAACAAUGAAACAGUGGCCAUGAUGGUGUACCAAAAAAUUCCUGUUGGACUGAACUCUUCAUGUGUAAACAUUUUUGUUUCAAGCAAUUUGCACAGCUGCUGAACAUAUGAGUGAAAGGGAUCUAUAAAUUUACACUAUGUUGACCCUAACUUAAUCUCAGUUGGGGCGAAAUUUUACAUGAGUCUCCAAGGGUUAGGUUGUAGGCGGUUUCCUGCAAUCUUGGGCCAGACCAGUCCAACUGUAACAGGAGUUCCACUAUUAAUCAGGACUAUCCCGCCAGAUCAGUUUACAGUGGAACUUCUCCCUUGGUACACUUCUAUUCAAGAGACAUCUCCAAUCAGGGUAAAGGGACACUUUUUCUGGGUCCAGAAAACUGGGUUUUUAUUUCCAUUCAGCAACACCUUAGCAUUCAAAAAGUGACUGACCACAAAAAGGGUUGAUAUCUUUAAGUGUACACUAAUCACAAUUAUGGAAGCUUUCACAAACUGAACUAUCUCACUCAUAUAAUGGUACUGCACUUGUGUGAAUUCAACAAAUAAUGCUGCAGAUUUUAUGUCGUCUUUGCUGGUUAAUUAUUAACAAACCCCAGCCUCUUUUCAUGAUCAGGAGACACUUCUCUUCAAGGGACACUUGCCUUGGUCUAAUGGGUAUAUUAGAGGUUCCACUGUAUUUGUAAAAUGGUAUACGUGGAUGUGAGGGGUUUUAGUAAAAAAUUUGAGAAAAGACUAAUAUUUCAUUAAUUUUUCAAAAUAACUGGUCAAGCCGGUCAGUUCUGACUUUUGGAAAGCACUCUCAGACUGAUCCAAACUUUAUUUGUUUAUUUUUUGAUAGUAUGGAGAUAUUUACAACAUUCCUAGCAGUGCUUUUGAAAAUGUUCUGGAUAAAGAAGAAAUUGAAGAGGAGGAGGAAGAGGAGGAAGAGGAAGAAGAAGAGGUACAUGUAUGAUACAAUAUUUGAACUGAAUUUCCCUGUUCCAUAGAUAAUUAAACAGUUUCAUUCAACCCAUCACCUUUCUGUGAGUUUGUAUAAAAUUCUUCGUAUGUAUUUUAACAUGUUUAUUUUUGCUUUCUUGAUAACAGGAAGAAGAGCCUGAAUUUGUGGCUGAGGAUGAAGUUGAUGUGAGUGAUCUCAGUGACAUUGAGGUAAGGUGGAAGAGUGAAGCAAAGGGUGCUGUUUUCAGAACUCUGACUGAUUCCUCAGCUAUGUAUUCAGGACUGCCAGCUAUCAGUCCUGCUACUGACGGGGGGGGGGGGGGGGGGAGGAGGGGAGCAUGGCUGAAUAUACUACUCAGGGUAGCUGGUAGCACCACAGGUACACCAAGCAUAACAGAAAAUAAUGUUAUAUAUAGCAUUAAAAUACAUAAUAAGAUCACACCUUGUCUUCUUGUUUUAUUUAUGGUGUGUUCUUCACUUUUCAGCAUGAUUCUAGCUAGUUUUAGCUCUAGGUAUCGUUGUUUUUUGGGGGCCUUAGAUAGCAAUAAUAUUAUUGCUAAAAUCCCCAUACAAACCCUUAUAAUAUUAUUCCUGUUACAAAAGAAUCCCCACUCAUGCACUUGGGGUACCUGUGAUUGCACCAUCACCCAGCCCUGCUUGUAAACAUUCAGCUGGUUUGCCUCUUGCCAGUUGGGUUUCUUAGGAUGCAUAAAGUCGGCAGUACUGGCCAGCUAGACCAAUCAUUUUGAAAGAAGCUUUUUGGGGGAAUUUCUGCCUAAAACCUGUGACUGCCAUGUGCACCAUUUAGGAAUAGACUGAUCUGGCUAGAGAGUCCUGAACUUCUCUUUAUGACUGCAUUGGUCUGACCAGCUAGUUCUAACUUAUUGUAGAUGCCCUUAGAUUGUAGGAGGGUCUUGAUGAAAACUACAGGGACAUGAGUAAUGUACAAUGUUACUCCUAUUUUUUUUCUUGUAAAUUAUUAUGCGGCCAUGGUGUCCAUAAAACUUUUAAAUUUAGAAGAUGAUCUUUAAGAAAUGGUAGUGCUGGAAAUCAAAAAACCAAAAUGCUAAGCCUUUUUUGGUAUUUUGUUGGUAUUGGCCACCCAACUUGCUGGUUGAGCAUUUUGAUAUCUUUAAAUCAUAUCUAAAACAAGCUGAACUGGUUUUUUCAGAUAUCUACAUUACUGGUGAUAUUAAUUGUUGUAACCUGUUUAACCCUGGGGACUCCCAUAUUAAAUGCCUCAUUAAUAUUCUAGAUGUGUACCAAUUGACACAGGUCAUAACUGAACCCACUAGAAUAACAAGUAGCACCUCUACUCUGAUUAACCUUUUCAUUAACAAUAACGAGGAAAGUAUUGUGCAUUCCAGUGUGUGUUUUCUCCCAUAAGUGAUCAUAAUUUUAUUUUUGUGGUAUGAAAAAGUGGUGUUCCCAGGCAAAAUCCCAGAUGUGUUGAGACAAGGAAUUUUGCAUAUAUUUAUUUUCCACAUUAUUAAACAGGGAGACUAAUGACCUAAAACACCUUCAAAGCUCUUUAAUCCUGCGUUUCCUUCUGAGAAGUGUUCAACCCCCCCCAUUACCAUCCCGGAAAUAUAUGGGGAACAGUUAGAAGAAAGUGUAUGUAAUUGUUGAUGUUAGGUAUAAAGGUUACUUUCUUGUGUGCAUUACAGUCAAGGUGGCUCUUACAACCAUAAAUGCCUACAAUUUUCUAGGACCUGCAAGCUGAUGAACUUGAACAAGAAUCAGAAAGUGAAGCAGAAGAAGAACAAGAACAGGAGAAACCCUUUCAGAGAAGAAAAGGAAGGAAAACGAAAGUGGAAAUAGAAUAUGAACAGGAAACAGAGCCAAAAAGAGCCAAAAUUAAGGUGUAACCAAUCAAAAGUCAUGCACAUAUGCAUAUAAUACAGAAGCGCUUUUGCCAAGUCCUGCAGUGCAAGGGACUUGGAGCAUGGCUACUGAGAUCACCAAGUCAGGAAGAAGGGGGUGUGAGGUGAAGGUGGAACACAGAAAAGGGAUGCUUCAACGGGAGAAAUGUUGUUACCACUAAUUUUGUGGAAGGAAAUGGAAAGUGGGAACUGAGGAUAUUGUAUGCGUUUUCUUGGAAGCUGGUGCAUUUUCAAUGUCUUCUUACCAGUUGCUAACUUGAUGAAAAUAUCUUGCUUGUAACUUUUAAGGCUAUGUUGACACUGUACUGGAUAGCUGUUGUACUGGGCAGGCAUGAAAACCACACCAGAUAUUGCUUCUGUUCACACAAACGAAUGGUGAUUUCGGUCGGCAUGGUUUCUGUAACACGGCAAAACUGUACCAUGCCGACUGUAAGUGGAGCAUCACAUAUCAGAUAGGUGUCUGUAUCUCACUUUGGUGCGGUGUGAACAGGUAUUUGGACCGUAGCAGAAGUAAAUAAGAAGGAGCGAGGACUAGAAUCAACUGAGAUGGAAGUAAAUAUUUAGGACUGAGGAAUGGAUUUAAGUUCACCAAACCCUCUCAGCCAACCGCUCCAGCACAAUGUUUGAUGUGUGUGAACAAUAAUAUUGUUCCAGUCCUGGGCCAUUGCUAUUCAAACUUUACAGGAUAGAUUUUUGUGUCGGUGUGAAAAGCUAUGCAGUAUAGCAUAGACAUAACCUAAGCCACUUGAAAUUACACAAGAGACCAGAUCUGAACUGAGAAAAAGAAUUUGUACAAUUUAAUAAAAAUUGCCCAAGCACUGAUCAUAAUUAUUUAAUACAUAGAUUUAACUAGUCUUAACAUUACCAUCAGCAGAUUUGUGUAUAGUUACUAAAAGGGUAUGCUCACUUCAGUUUAUUUUGCACGAAUUUUAUCACAGUAAUCAUUGUUUUUUUUGUAGUCGUGGGUGUGUUAAUUAAGGACCCUAAUUUUUGAUCCAGGACAGCCAUUUUCUUCCCCAGAAUGUUUGAGGUGUUUCAAAACCAAAUGAAAAUCUUUGAUUUCAUGAAAUAGGUCCUUGAAAGUAUAAAACCUUGGAAAAACUGGCAGCAGAGAAUAUUAAUCUUUUUUUAAGUUAUUUUGGAGGAAGUAAGAUAAAUUAUCCAAACCAAUGUCAAAGUCGAGACCAGUUUAUUUUGUUCAUGAAUUGCUCAGUGUUUGACAACAACAAGACAACGGUGUUAAAUGUUUUGCAAGUUCUACACACUAAAUUACACAUUGC